GCGUGGCUUUACGUCCUCGCGUUAGGUUCAGGCUGGCCUUCGUCGAGCCUCAGUCGACUUCUGUUCCAUUGAUUUAUAGUGUACGAAGAGAGUAAAAGUUUUAAAAGUUUGUGUCCUGCUAAAGUGCGACGUGAUUUCGCUGCAUCUGUUUGCAGGUCGGCAAGUGUGAAGCUUUGCAGUUCACAUUUUAGUCAUUUUCCUUUGUGAGGGUCGAUAUGGGUAAGAAGCAGGGAGGCAAAUCAAAGAAGGAAGUUCAGGAGGUGGAGGAGUUUGUGGUGGAAAAGGUGAUUGACCAGCGCGUGGUCAAUGGGAAAGUUGAGUUUUUCCUCAAGUGGAAAGGCUUCUCAGAUGCUGACAAUACUUGGGAGCCUGAAGAGAAUUUGGACUGCCCUGAACUAAUUUCUGCAUUCCUGGAGUCUCAGAAAGGAGUAGUGGAGAAACCAGAAGCCGUAAAAAGAAAAUCCUCCACUGAUGAACCAGAAACUGAUGAGAGCAAGGCGAAGAGAAAGAAGGAAAUGUCUGACAAGCCAAGAGGGUUUGCAAGAAACCUUGAGCCAGAGAGGAUCAUUGGGGCGACUGAUAGCAGUGGAGAGCUCAUGUUCCUCAUGAAGUGGAAGGACUCUGAUGAGGCAGACCUGGUACCUGCAAAAGAGGCCAACACCCGUUGCCCACAGAUAGUCAUUGCCUUUUAUGAGGAAAGACUAACUUGGCAUUCCUGUCCUGAGGAUGAGCAACAAUAGCACCCCACGUCUCGCUGUAUUGUGCUUUAGUGUCUUCCACCUGUACAGUGUUAGCGGAAGUGUUCAUAGCCUGACGGUGGAGGAAUUUUUUUUUUCCUUUUUUUAUUUUUUAUUUUUUUUAAAUGUAUUGAGGUUUGGCUGGAAGCAAUGUGCAUGACUGUAGUGAACCAAUGAAAGUAUGUACAAAUGAGGUGAGCGUGUUUUUAAAAGUUACGAUGUAGGGAGCUUUAACUAUUCAUUUGAACUAGGUGUCACAGCAGUGCUGUUCAUCAUUAAUGCACUGGCUUGUGUUUUUCUUUCACUCUUGUCAUUCAGAGAGAUCCAAAACUUGCAUUCUGUUCAUAUUUUCUUCUGGUGGACUAUGCUGUCAUUACCGUAGUAGUUUUUUCCUUUAUUUCUUAUCGUUUAACUGAAUAUUGGAAUUGUCUGUUUAUGUAAAUGUCUGUGUAAAUAUUUCUUAUUUUUUAGUUCAAUAAAGGUUUAUAUGCCUGCUUUUAAUCUGCUUGCAUGUUUCUUAAAUAUCCAAAGCAGAUGUUGCGUCUGAUGUUUAUGGCUAAAAAAUCUUUACUAUUUGCCUGAAAACAUGGUUAUUUGAGUGCUUUCAAAUUGUGCUUACUCUGGGCUGUUGGCAUGCAAUGGGCUUUCAUAUGUGAUGUACUAUUGUGAGCCAUUUUCCACCAAAUGCAAAAAAAAAAAAAAAAAAGUAAAUGGUUUAAUGGCAUGGCUUUUGUUAUGUGGCACUUUGUUCACUCAAAUAGUUAACUCAAAUGAAAAUUUACCCACCUGACCAAACUAGAUGUAGAUGAGUUUGUUUUUGUUUUGGAGAAAUUUAGCAUUACAUGACUUGCUUACACAUGGAUGUGAAUGGGUGCCAUCAGAAUGAGUCUAAACAGCUGAUUAAAAACAUCACAGUAAUCCACACCACUCCAGGCUACCAAUUAAUGUCUAUCGAAAGGAAAAGCUGCAUGUUUGUAAGAAACAAAAUUAAACAAUUUAUUUUCAAGCACUGUUCUUAACGCACAUGAUCUAAGGAUUGUGAUGUGAGAGGAUAACAAGGGAUGGACCUUUUCAUUGGAAGAAACAUUGCUAUGGACUGAUAUUUUGGCCAGAAGCAAUUAUUUAAAUAUAAACUAUUUGAAACAAUGCAAUGAUGGGUUUGUUUCCUAAAAACAUGCAACUUUUCACUACACAAUACCUUAAUUGAUGGACUGGAUCGUGUGGGUUAUGAUGUCUUUAUCAGCUGUUUAGACUCUCAUUCUGACGGCACCCAUUCAGUGCAGAGGGUCCACUGGUGAGCAAGUGAUAUAAAGCUACAUUUUUCCAAAUCUGUACCAAUGAAGAAAUAGCCUGAGGGUGAGUAGAUUUUCAGAAAAUUUUCAUUUUGACUUUUGAUAAUACAUGGCUCACCAUGUUUGUAUUAAAUGGGUAAACCUCUAACGUUGCGGUUCACAAAACAUUUUUGCCCUCUUCUGUUAUUGUAACCUUGUGUGUCAUGGUUUAACACCGCCUUAAAACUACAAAAUGAAAGUGCCACAGUUCUCUUCCGCAUGUUUUGUAGGUCAAACCUGUUUUACAGUAGUAAUAGUGCAUUUGAACUGAAGCUUCUUGCCAACUGAAGAUUAAAAAUGAGGAAGAGUGUGUUUUCCUAUA